AGUUCCGCCGCCAGUGACCAGUAGAACCACCACCACCACCAUGAACAACGCAACGAAAUUAAUUUGCUUAGUCGCAUUGUCUGUAUGCACUUGUACAAAGCUGCCUCCAUCUUUCAAAAAAUGCAGCCGAAGCCAACCCGACCUCAGCGACUGCUUGUCCAAAGCCGUCGACGAUGCCAUCAAGCAGCUGGAACAACCCUUCAAAGAAGUCGGGCUGCCGACUCUGGAGCCCCUGGAAAUCCCGGCAUUGACCAUAGGCGCCGGCACCGGCGCCGUGGGUUUAGUACAAAAUUUCCAAAAUGUGAAGAUUUACGGCUUUACGAAGCCGGAGUUCACCAAAUUUGAGAUGGACGUGGAGAAGAAAACGGCCCGAAUCGAAUGCACUUUCCCCAAAGUCAAAAUUUUGGCUGAUUACGAUGUCAACGGGAAGAUUUUGCUGCUGCCGGUGUACGGUAAAGGCCCGGCUACAAUUACUAUGGAAAAUGUGAAUGGUUUUGAGACUUUUGCUUUUGAGGAGUUUGAGAAAAAAGGGAAGAAGCAUUUCAAGUUGGUUGAAGGGAAAUUGACGCUGACGCCGGGAGGGGUUACCUUCAAUUUUGAGAAUUUGUUCGACGGGGAUAAGGCUUUAGGGGACAAUAUUAAUAAGGUCUUGAAUGAGAACUGGUUGGAAGUUUUCAGCGAUGUGAAGACGAGCUAUGAAGAUGCGUUUGGGCAGAUUAUAAUGAGGCUGUUCGAUAAUGUGUUGUCGAAGGUUUCGCUUGAUGAUUUUUUCGAUGAAUGAUUUUUAACAAUAAAUUGUUUAUAUAAUA